AUGCUGGCUCCUUGCAAAGCAGCUGUUUUGGGUUUGAAAUUCCAACAUGGCAGAGGCUGCAGUCAGUCUUCCCUUCAAAAACUUGGAAUGAUUUCAAAUCAUAGGCACCUUCACUUAACCCGAGUCCCCAUUCAUCAGCAAACACAUCGGAUCGAUGCUACUCUAACCUAUCGGGUUCUUGUACCAAAUCUCCAGCUUCAUCUUAAGAAGGAUGGAAUUGAGGAAGAGAGACUAAAGGAUUCAUCUUGGGGCUUGAAGAUGCAGUGGACGCCAGAGCAUGCCCAGUGGCCAGAACAGCACUUUGAUAUCACUUCAACCACCCGGUCCCCUGCACACAAGGUGGAAGCCUACCGAGGGCACCUGCAGCGCACCUACCAGUAUGCCUGGGCCAACGAUGACAUCUCGGCUCUGACUGCCUCCAAUCUUCUGAAAAAGUAUGCAGAAAAAUACUCUGGUAUUUUGGAAGGCCCAGCUGAGCGGCCCAUCCUCAGCAAUUACUCUGAAGCUCCCUCAGGGCUGGUGAAUGGUCGGAAGAAUGAAAGUGAGCCCUGGCAGCCAUCGCUGAAUUCGGAGAGCGUCUAUCCCAUGAACUGUGUCCCAGACGUUAUCACCGCCAGCAAAGCUGGGGUAAGUGCAGCCCUUCCUCCCGCAGAUGUCUCGGCCAGCAUUGGGAGCUCUCCUGGGGUGGCCAGUAACCUGGCUGAACCCAGUUACUCCAGCAGCACCUGCGGAAGUCACACGGUUCCCAGUCUUCAUUCAGGGCUCCCAUCUCAGGAAUAUGCCACAGGAUACAAUGGCUCAUACUUGCAUACCAGUUACAGUGGCCAGCCAGCACCUGCACUUCCAUCCCCACAUCCAUCCCCCCUGCAUAGCUCGGGACUUUUACAACCACCGCCACCGCCACCAGCCCUCGUCCCUGGCUACAACGGGACCUCUAACCUCUCCAGUUAUAGCUACCCUUCUGCCAGUUAUCCUCCUCAAACUGCUGUUGGCCCUGGGUACAGUCCUGGGGGUGCCCCACCACCCUCUGCGUACCUGCCUUCAGGAAUCCCUGCUCCAACCCCUCUGCCCCCAACCACUGUCCCCAGUUACUCCUACCAGGGCCAUGGUCUGACACCCAUUGCACCAUCUGCCCUGACAAACAGUUCCACCAGCUCUCUCAAAAGGAAAGCAUUCUACAUGGCAGGGCAAGGAGAAAUGGACUCCAGUUAUGGAAAUUACAGCUAUGGCCAACAGAGAUCUACACAGAGUCCCAUGUAUCGAAUGCCCGACAACAGCAUUUCAAAUGCAAACAGGGGGAAUGGUUUUGACAGAAGUGCUGAAACAUCAUCCUUAGCAUUUAAGCCAACAAAGCAACUAAUGUCCUCUGAACAGCAAAGGAAAUUCAGCAGCCAGUCCAGUAGGGCUCUAACACCCCCAUCCUACAGUACUGCUAAAAACUCACUGGGUUCGAGAUCAAGUGACUCGUUUGGGAAGUAUACCUCCCCAGUAAUGAGUGAGCACGGUGAUGAGCACAGGCAGCUCCUCCCUCACCCAAUGCAAGGCCCGGGACUUCGUGCAGCUACCUCAUCCAACCACUCUGUGGACGAGCAACUGAAGAAUACUGACACACACCUCAUUGACCUUGUUACCAACGAGAUUAUCAACCAAGGACCUCCUGUGGACUGGAGCGACAUCGCUGGCCUAGAUCUAGUAAAGGCCGUCAUUAAGGAGGAGGUUUUAUGGCCAGUAUUGAGGUCAGAUGCAUUCAAUGGACUGACUGCUCUACCUCGGAGCAUCCUUUUAUUUGGACCUCGGGGAACAGGCAAAACAUUAAUGAGCAGAUGUAUAGCUAGUCAGCUGGGGGCCACGUUUUUCAAAAUCACUGGCUCUGGCCUUGUCACAAAGUGGUUAGGGGAAGGAGAAAAAAUUGUCCAUGCCUCCUUCCUCGUGGCAAGGUGUCGCCAGCCCUCGGUGAUUUUUGUUAGUGACAUUGAUAUGCUCCUUUCCUCUCAAGUGAGUGAAGAACACAGUCCAGUAAGUCGGAUGAGAACCGAAUUCCUUAUGCAGCUAGACACUGUACUGACUUCUGCUGAGGACCAAAUAGUAGUAAUUUGCGCCACAAGUAAACCGGAAGAAAUUGAUGAAUCUCUUCGAAGGUACUUCAUGAAACGACUUUUAAUCCCACUUCCUGACAGCACAGCGAGACACCAGAUAAUAGUACAACUGCUCUCACAGCACAAUUACUGUCUCAAUGACAAGGAGGUUGCACUGCUUGUCCAGCGCACAGAAGGCUUUUCUGGACUAGAUGUGGCUCAUUUGUGUCAGGAAGCCGUGGUAGGCCCACUCCACGCCAUGCCAGCCACAGACCUUUCAGCCAUUAUGCCCAGCCAGUUGAGGCCAGUUACAUAUCAAGACUUUGAAAAUGCUUUCUGCAAGAUACAGCCUAGCAUAUCUCAAAAAGAGCUUGAUACAUAUGUUGAAUGGAACAAAAUGUUUGGUUGCAGUCAGUGA